GAUCAAAGUUCAAAAACAGUAUGCAAUAUGCCUAUUCAGUAUUCAAAUAACUCCAAAACUCGUUUCCCUCUUUAGAAUAGAAUAGAAAGUUAUAAAUAGAAUAGAAAGUACUAGAUUUAUAUUUUUCAAGUUUAUAGUUUGUAGGACUGUUAUAGUUGAAACAUGUGGAAGUAAAAAGGCAUGGGUUACCUGCUAGUGGUGACCUUCAUCUAAUGGAUCUCUACCACUAUUUGCUCCCUCUGGAAUAGGAUCUUCUGAAGUGGAUCAAAUUAAAGACUGCUUUAGUCUUUAGUCGUGAGAAUGUCCAAUGCUCAGGAAAGUCCUCCAAACGAUGGAAUAACUGCUGAUUAUGUUACCAUACAUAACAAGCUGCUGAAUUCAAUUGAGAAAAAAAUACAAAAAUAUGACUUAACAAAUGCUGAAUCCUUUCUCACUUUUUGGAGUGAAACGAAUGAUGCAGUCAUCACAUACGACUAUCUCUUGUCAAGCUCUGUGAACCCAUCCGUGAUUUUCUGUGUGGUAGCUUUGGAAUCGCCAAUUGUUGGCAAAGUAUUUAUCACCGAUGCAUCAGCCACUGUCAAAGAAAUCGCCACUAGACUGGCGUCGGUUAAAGCUGUUAAAUAUCUGUUGAAAGCAAAUCUGAUAACUUCUGAGGAUGUCAAAAGCAUUGAUCUUGAUUUGCCGGAGUAUGAUUCAGACGUUCUUGACAACCUCCAAAAAUUUAUGUUUGCCUCGACAAAUAAUAAAAACCGAUCAAAUCCAGUGGCAAAUUCUAGUCUGAAUCAAGAAAAAUCUGUGGAUUGUGGAAAAUCAAUGAUAAAUCGUAAUGAAAAUGGAAAAUUAGAGCAGAACCAUAUUGACAAACUUGUUGAAACAAGGUCUUCAAAAUCGAUUACCUUGGAGACCUUCCCAGAAAAAGACAGAGAGAGCGCUAACAAUGUCAUGGAAUCACAGGAGAGUUCUUCUUCUGCCGUCCGACCAGAAAAGUCUCAAAAUCUAGACUCACAAGAAAACGAGAAGAUUGUCACAGAAAACAUGCAAAACAUCGUGUUAAAUGGAGGAGACUGUAAUUAUUCAUCUUUCAAGGAUGCAACAUCUUUUCUCCGUAAUUGGUGUGACAGGAAUAACGUAGUCGCACUUUCCGAAUGUGCUUACAUAAAAGCUGUGUCCAUGAAGGGAUUUGUCUGCUCAUUAGCGUUGUCAUCCUCUACGGGGAAUUUAUUUUUAACUGAGAGUGCAUCCCUUACGGAAGAAGGAGCAUGUUUAUUUGCUUCAAAGAAAGCCGUCAGCUACCUAGUGGACAACGGAAAAGUAACACUUGAUGAAAUUGGACAUAUUAAUCUUCAUGUACCGAAAGUCGAAGCAGUCAUAUUACGAAAACUUCAAAAUUCUCAGAAAGCAGAGCAGUUUGAGGAACAGAAAAUUGAAGAAUUUGUCGAAUCACCGAUGUCCUCGGACUCGGAGGGUACAUCGGAUGAAGAUAGCGACAGCGAUUCGAAUAUCCGCGAAUCACGGAACGCAAAAGCAGUUUGUGAUGACCAAAAUGGUGGAUCUGACCAAGAGCAGAACCACAUUGAAGAAGUUGACGAAAUGGAAGCUCAUGCACCAAUAUCCUCGGAGGAUAUUCUAGAUAAAAAUGCAGACACCACCAAAUUUGUUCUGGAAUCGCAGAAUGAGUCUUCAGAAGCUGUUAUCAACGGUGAUUCGCAGGAACAUUCUCAAGAAAUUCCAACGCAAAAUAGCACUAUGUAUCCAGCAUCAAAGAAUCAGUCUAAUAAAAAAAUAGUUUUAAGCGAUUGGUGUCGACAGAAUAAUAUACAUCUUGCCGUUGACUUUGCCCCCAUACAAAUUGGACCCUCUAGGAUUGAACUCUGUACAGUCACUUUGAAAUGGACAACUAAUGACAAAUCAUUUUCAACUGGGGCAGUUGGAAACUCAUCGAAAAUGGCUGAACGAUUGGCAACAAAGAAGGCUCUCAUUCAUCUCAUGUCGGAAGGAUUAGUAAUGCCUGAUGAAAUCAACAGAAUAGAUUUGAAUACAAACAAAAGCGACAAGUCAACUAAUGAAAAAGUUAAACAAUUCCUUUCCGAUAAGGCUAACAAGGCGAAGUCCAGGUUGAGUUUUGAUUUGAUACAUAGGCUGGAAGAGUCUGUCAGUAGUUUCCCAAUAGACCAGAAAAAUGAAAAAUCACAGCUUGAGGAAUGGUGUUCAGCUCAUGGAUUGAAAAUGGAGAUUAGUACUUCGAAAAUAGUUGAGGCCAUAUUCGAGUGCAAAGUGAUAGUAGAACCUUAUGACUAUGUUGGUUCUGGGAAAGGAAAAAGAUGCCCUUCGUUCAGGAGAGCCUGCCUAGACUUCAUCAAUCAUUUACAAGAAGAUGAUAAGCCAGAUAAGCUAGAGGUGACUGAUGAUCCAAUUAUCGUGUUACGAGAAUGGUGCAAGGAUCGGGAACUGAAAUUGCAGCACAAAAGUGAAAAAACAGAUCCUGCCAAACAUCAAAGUCGAGUCAAGGUUGAAUCAUUUUCCUUUUCUGGUAUUGGAAUAGGACCAGAUGUGCAAUCAGCAGAAAAUCUUGCUUGUAGAAGAUUUAUUGACCGAUUGAGGGCAGAAAAGCUGUUUCCAAAGGACGAGACUGAGGAAUGUAAACAAAGUGAAAUAGUCACUGAGGAUGUUCGAAAGACUACAAAUUCAACGUCUCUUGUUCAAAGACCCCCACUGUUAAGAGAUCUUGUUCAAAGAUACUGUCAAAAUAAUUACGGACUGGCGAACAAUUAUGGACAGGAAUCGAAUAAAAAAUCUAAGCAAAAUGAAGAAAAUACUCUGGAUAUUGCUGAAUCAAGAACUUCUCAACCACUCCCCAACGAAUUCCCCGAGAGCAUCCAAUGUGAAGACAGUGGCAGUGAUAUUGAUCCACUUGAAGAACAGGUCAGCUCUUCAGAAGACGGUUCGGAUGCUGAUCUCUCAGAAAGAUCUCAGAAUUCUUCACAACAACAAAUUGAUGAAUCGUUUUUGGCAUUCAAGCAAGAAAUUAUUAAAAACAGAUCAUUGGGUUCUGGAGGUGAAAUCACAAGUCUACAUGAUUGGUGUCAACAGAACAAUGUAGCUUUCAAGUUAAAAUAUCACUUUGGACCAACAACAGGAACUAAACGUAAUGUUUGGUUUUGUGCGUUGACAUUGAGUUCUCCGACAGUUGGUGAAUUUUGUUCGUUUUCGGCACCUGGAAGUAAGAGAAAGGCAUGCGAGCCGUUAGUGACAAAGUUCGCCUUCAAUUAUCUGGUACAGGAAGAAUUUAUAAUACGUGAUCAAAUCAAAAGCCAUAAGAUUGAUGUGUCACCAAUGGAAGCAAGAGUACUGAAAAAACUCGAGUUCACUCCACAUAUAAAAAGUCGUUAUUAUAAAAAGGGUUCAAAAAUUGACUUCAAACUUCAAGAAAAUAAGAAGAAAACUUCCGCUAGUAGAGUUUCAUAUAAGCCUGCCAAAUCGAAUCCAACAGCGGAACUUGAAGAUUGGUGUAUGAAGAAUGGAUUGACAGUGAAGUAUGAGUGGCUAGUACUAAACGGGAAGGAAUAUCUUUACCAAGUAAAAGUACCACCGCAUGAGUAUAUCGGAACCGGAAAUGGCUCAAACAGUGUAGCUAAACAAAGAGCUUGUCAAGACUUCAUCAACCAUUUACCAAAAGAAUGUAAACGUCAGGUUUUGAGUGAUAAGAUUGUGAGAAGUGCGUCAAAAGCACUUAGUGAUUGGUGCUCCAAGCAAGGAUUGGAAAUGGACUGCAAGAGGAGAAAAACAGUACCGAGAAAAUAUGAAUUCGUGGUAAGGGUACAGUCGUUUGAUUUUGUUGGCACCGGAAUAGAACGGAAGAAAAGAUAUGCUCGGGAGAUAGCUGCUCAAGAUUUCCUGGAUCGUUUGAUGGCAGAAGGGAUACGAAAGCAGGAAUCCGACGAAGCAGUUAAUGAUGGUUGUGAUAGUGACGUGGAAUUUCGUGAAGAGAAGGAUGAGACGGAGGAAUGUGCGCAACAUGAAAAACUCAGCGAGGCUGCUGACGAAUCUAGAACUUCAACUCCCCUCUCUCAAUGCUGCUCUGAAAACGUCACAUGUGAAGACAGUGGCAGUUCCAUAGUGUUUAUGGAUGAAGAUGAAGAGGAAUCGAAUAAAAAAUCUGAGCAAAAUGAAGAAAAUACUAUGGAUGUUGCUGAAUCAAGAACUUCUCUACCACUCCCCAACGAAUUCCCCGAAAGCACUCAAUGUGAAGACAGUGGCAGUGAUAUUGAUCCACUUGAAGAACAGGUCAGCUCUUCAGAAGACGGUUUAGAUGCUGAUCUCCCAGAAAGAUCUCAGAAUUCUCCACAGCAACAAAUUGAUGAAUCGUUUUUGGCAUUCAAGCAAGAAAUUAUUAAAAACAGAUCAUUGGGUUCUGGAGGUGAAAUCACAAGUCUACAUGAUUGGUGUCAACAGAACAAUGUAGCUUUCAAGUUAAAAUAUCACUUUGGACCAACAACAGGAACUAAACGUAAUGUUUGGUUUUGUGCGUUGACAUUGAGUUCUCCGACAGUUGGUGAAUUUUGUUCGUUUUCGGCACCUGGAAGUAAGAGAAAGGCAUGUGAGCCGUUAGUGACAAAGUUCGCCUUCAAUUAUCUGGUACAGGAAGAAUUUGUAAUACGUGAUCAAAUCAAAAGCCAUAAUAUUGAUUUGACACCAACGGAAGCAAGAAUACUGAAAAAACUCCAGUUCACUCCACAUAUAACAAGCCGUUAUUAUAAAAAGGGUUCAAAAAUUGACUUCAAACUUCAGGAAAAUAAGAAAACUUCCUCUAGUGCUGUGUCAUAUACGCCUGCCAAAUCGAAACCAAAAGCGAUACUUGAUGAUUGGUGUAAGAAGAAUGGAUUGACAGUGAAUUAUGAAUGCGGAGUACUAAACAUGGCUGGAUAUCAUAUCCAAGUAAAAGUACCACCGUAUGAAUAUAUCGGAACCGGAAAUGGCUCAAGCGGUGUAGCUAAUCAAAGGGCUUGUCAAGACUUCAUCAACCAUUUGCCAAAAGAAUGUAAACCUCAGGUUUCGGGCAAUCAGAAAGCUUCAGUAGUACUGCGUGAUUGGUGCACCAUGCAAGGAUUGAAAAUGUUCUGCAAUAAGACAACUACAGUACCGAGAAAAACAAAAUGCGUGGUAAGGGUACAGUCGUUUGAUUUUGUUGGCACCGGAAUAGAACGGAUGAGAAAAGAUGCUGAGGACACAGCUGCUCAAGUUUUCUUGGAUCAUUUGAUGGCAGAAGGGAUGCGACAGCAGGAAUCCCACGAAGCAGUUGAUGAUGGCUGUGAUAGUGACGUGGACAUUCUUGAAGAAAAGGUUCAAUUGAAUGAGGGAGCCAACACCUUGCCAAAAAUAGAUUUAUCAAGCAUCACUCACUUGUUCAAAAAAGCGAACUCAAGCCAGUGCAUCAAUGUCACUCCUGGUUACUGGAUUGGCUCAGAAGAGGCUGGACUGCAACAGUUCUUUGACGAAAAUAACAUUAAUGCCCAGUACACUCUCUCAACUGAUCCUGAUUGUUCGGAAGGGUGCCAUGUAGCUUCUAUGCAAUUCUAUGUCCGAAGGAUAGGAAAAUCUUUCAGCGCAUCUUCAAACGGCAGUACAGUAACAGAAGCUAAGGCGAAAUGUGCAUCCCUCCUUCUAAAGCAACUUAUUCUGGCAAACUUGUUUGAUGGUCUGAAGCAGAGGAAAGCAAUUGCUCCUAUCAAGGAACCGAUUGAGUUGGAUGUGCCUGAUGAACUUGUGCAGAGCAUCAUACAGUUAUGCACUGAAUUCGAUGUCAAUACUCCUGAGUUGGUGAGUUGUAAAAUGUGUCAACUGAAUGACUAACAUGUACCUUAAUAAAAUGUCUAGUAAAUUAUUAUUCUAUAAUACAGGGUUAUUCUAAAUGGUGGACCCAUUUUUAAAUA